UUAAACCAUUUACUACUAACUGGCAGCUAAUGCUUGUGUUAUAUCUUCCUGAACAGUUGCUUAUCAGUGUGCCAAGUCCUUACAAUUGAGCUUUUUGAGCUAAAUUAAGUUGGUAGCUAAACUAAUAAUGCAUCUAAACUAUUGACUUGGUGUCGCAGGAACAAGGCGGAAUAUAUUGUACAAACUAUGCUUCUCAGCAGAAAUUCCCCAAGUUUCGUGUUCCUAUUUUUUCUUCUCCGAUAUUGCACUUCUACAAGCAUCAUCACCCUAGAUAAGCCUCUCAGGGACGGUAGUGUUUUGGUUUCUGCAGAACAAAACUUUGCACUUGGAUUCUUUAGCCCCAAGGAUAGUAGCAAGAGAUAUGUGGGUAUUUGGUACAACAAAGUCUCUGUACAAACAAUAGUUUGGGUUGCCAACAGGGAUCAUCCACUCACAAAUACAUCCGGAGUUCUAAAACUAGACAAGACUGGAGCUCUUUUUUUAUAUGACAGCCAAAAGCCCGGUGUUUUCUUGUGGUCGACUAAUAUUACAAACUCAUCAUCUGUUGCUCAAUCAAACUACUCGGCCGAGCUCUUGGACUCGGGAAAUUUCAUACUACAUGGAGAUGUAAACAACAAGGAUGUUCUGUGGCAAAGCUCUGAUUUCCCCUCAGAUGCUCUGAUUUCGGAUAUGAAGAUUGGAGUGGACCGUAGGUCCGGUCUCAACCGUUUCUUGACCUCAUGGAAGUCACCUGACAAUCCAGGGAGCGGAUCAUAUACACUUAUGAUUGAUGCUAAUGGUUCGGUUCCCCAGCUUUUUUUGUACAGAAAUUGGGAGCCUGUAUGGCGUGGAGGGCCUUGGAAUGGUGUCGGAUGGAGCGGUGUGCCUGAAAUGGCAGUCCUUGGAUCUGCUAGAUUUAUUUUCAAUGUAAGUUAUGUUGAUAAUGCUGAGGAGGUGUAUCUUGUGGAUUACUUGCGUAACAAGUCAGUUAUUUCGAGAAUGAUUGUUAAUGAGUCGACUGGAACUCUUCAGAGGCUAACUUGGCAAGAGGGAAACAAUAAGUGGGUAAAUUUCUAUUCAGCACCCAAGGAUAUAUGUGACUAUUUUGGUCAUUGUGGAGCCUUUGGUGUUUGUAACAUUUACAAUGUGGGCGAGUACGAGUGCAAGUGUCUUCCAGGAUUUGAGCCAAAGGCACCGCGAGACUGGUACUUGAGGGAUGGCUCACAAGGUUGUGUUUUAAAACAAGAAGGCCGGAUUUGUGGGAAUGGGGAAGGGUUUGUGAAGCUGGAAAGGAUGAAGCUGCCUGACACCUCUAACGCGAGGCGAGACUUGAGUUUGGGUAUGAAAGCAUGUGAAGACUUGUGCUUGAAAAACUGCUUGUGUAUGGGUUAUUCUGCGGCUGAAGUGAGUGAUGGAGGUUCAAAUGGAUGCAUUACAUGGUACGAUAAACUGGUGGACUUGAGAGAGUUUUCAAGCGGUGGCCAGGAUUUCUACGUUCGUGUGAACUCCUUUGAGUUAGCUAACUAUUCAAAGAAGGAGAGAUCCUACGGUUACAUCAAGGUUAUGGUGCCCCUACUGAGUGCAGCACUUUUGAUUCUGCUUCUUCUCCCAUAUUGGUUAACAAUGAAGAAGAAGAAGAGAAGGCAGGAGGGGAUAUGGUUGUUUAGUUGUAGUAAUAUUGAUGGAGAAGAUCUUGAGUUUGAUGAAAUAAUGACAAGUACUGUUGAUGUGAAAUUUCACUCUUUAAGCACUAUUAUAGCGGCGACUGAAAAUUUCUCCAAUGCUAACAAAGUUGGAGAAGGUGGAUUUGGCUCCGUGUACAAGGGUAAACUGCAUAAUGGACAAGAUAUUGCAGUCAAAAGGUUAUCAAACGCGUCGGGACAAGGAACAGAGGAAUUUAGAAAUGAAGUAACGUUGAUAGCAAGGCUUCAACACCGAAAUCUUGUCAGACUCUUAGGUUACUGCAUGCAGAAUGAAGAGAAAAUGUUGAUAUAUGAGUACUUACCAAACAAGGGCUUGGAUGGAUUUCUUUUUGAUGAUCAAAAAAGAUGUAUGCUAGAUUGGAAAAGACGAUUUGAUAUAGCAGUGGGCAUAGCUCGGGGGAUGGUAUAUCUUCAUCACGACUCAAGAUUAAGAAUUAUUCACAGAGAUUUGAAAGCAAGUAAUGUUCUACUAGAUGCUCAAUUGAAUCCAAAAAUAUCAGAUUUUGGUAUGGCUAGAAUAUUUGGGAGCGAUCAAAUUGAGGAAACGACGAGAAGAGUAGUUGGGACAUAUGGUUAUAUGUCACCAGAGUAUGCAAUGGAAGGCCUUUUUUCAAUAAAGUCCGAUGUUUUCAGCUUUGGGAUUCUACUCCUGGAGAUCAUUAUGGGAAGAAAGAAUAGCAGUUACUAUGCUGAAAAUUCCGUCAAUAUGAUUGGACAUGUUUGGGGUCUUUGGGAAGAAUCACGAGUCAUGGACAUAGUAGAUCAUGAGUCCCUUGGUGAAUCACAUCAACAUGAUUCCGAAAUUUUUAGAUGCAUCCAUAUCGGGCUGUUGUGCGUGCAAGAAUCUGCAGCUGCAAGACCAAGCAUGUCAGAAGUGGUGUUUAUGUUGUGCAAUGAAAUAAAUCUUCCACUUCCGGACCAGGCUGCAUUUAUUUUCAGAACAUCAGACGGAGGCAUCACAAACACAAGAUCUAGUAGUGUUGGAGUUACUUCUGUCAACGACGUUACAAUUAGCACGGUUCAAGGUCGUCUAGUUGUGAAUGUGCCGGUUCUUGACAAUUCAGCUUACUGGAGUAAUUCUGCAUCAAAAUAUAUAGGAAUGUCACAUCAAGGCCGCUAUGAAAGUAUUGUACAAACCAUGCUUCACAAGAGGAGCUCCCGAAGUUUCUGUGUCAUAUUUCUUCUCUUCCGGUAUUGCAGCUCCACCAGCAUCAUUACCCCGAAUGAGCCUCUUAGUGACGGAAAUGUUUUGGUUUCCUCAGAAGAAAACUUUGUCCUUGGUUUUUUUAGCCCUGCUAAUAGCACCAGAAGAUAUGUUGGUAUUUGGUACAACAAAGUCACAAUUCGAACGGUAGUUUGGGUUGCCAACAGGGAUCAUCCACUUACAAAUACAUCCGGUGUUCUAUCACUAGAAAAGAAUGGAAAUCUUGUUUUAUUCGACAGCCAACAGCCAGAUGUUGCGGUAUGGUCAACUAAUGUAUCAAACUUGUCAGCUGCUCAAUCAAACAACUCAGCCGAGCUCUUGGAUACAGGGAAUUUUGUUCUGCAAGGACAUGAUAGCAAAGAAGAUUUCUUGUGGCAGAGUUUUGAUUAUCCAACAGAUACUCUGGUUUCCAAUAUGAAGCUUGGAUUUGACCGUAGGUCCGGUCUGAACAGGUUCCUGACAGCUUGGAAGUCACCAAAUGAUCCAGGAACCGGAUCAUAUUCAAUUAGGAUUGAUAUUAAUGGAUCAGUUCCCCAAUUGUUCUUGUAUCAGAAUCAGAAUCCAGUAUGGCGCGGAGGACCUUGGAAUGGACUCGGAUGGAGUGGUGUACCUGAAUUGGCAGUCGUGGCAUCCCCUAAGUACAUUUUUAAUGUAAGUUACGUUGACAAUCCUGAUGAGGUAUACCUGGUAGAUCAUUUACGCAACACCUCAAUCAUAGCGAGAAUGAUUGCUAAUGAGUCAACUGGAACACUUCAAAGACUAACGUGGCGACCAGCUGAGCAGAAAUGGGUUAAUUUAUAUUUUGCACCUGAGGACCGAUGUGACACUUUUGGUUAUUGUGGCGCAUACAGUGAUUGUAACCUGUACGAUGAUGUGGGCGAGUUCGUGUGCAAGUGCCUUCCAGGAUUCAAGCCAAAGUCGCAGAACGAGUGGGACUCAAGGGAGGGCAAGCAAGGUUGUGUUCUAAAGCGAGAAGGCCAAUUGUGUGGAAAGGGGGAAGGAUUUGUAAAGCUGCCUAAAGUGAAGCUGCCUGACACCACUACAUCAAGGCGAAACCUGAACUUGGGUGAAAAAGCCUGUGCAGACUUGUGCUUAAAGGACUGCUCGUGUACAGGUUACUCCGCUGCUAAUGUCAGUGGAGGAGGUUUCAAUGGUUGCAUAACAUGGUAUGAUAAACUGGUGGACUUGAGAAACUUUUCAAGUGGUGGCCAGGACUUCUUCUUUCGUGUGGACUCCGCUGAGUUAGCUAACUAUUCAAAGAAGCCAAAGAGAUCCCAUGGCUACAUCAAGGUUUUAGUGCCGUUACUGAUUGGCAGUGCUGCACUUUUUGUUCUGAUUAUUCUGGCAUAUUGGUUAAUAAUGAAGAAGAGGAAAGGGAUAGCUGAGACAAGACUGGAAGGAAUAAGGUUGUUUGGUCGCAAUAUUAGCAAAGGUGGGAAAUCGGUGCACAGCACUUCAAAAAAUAAUCCAGAGGUUGAUGAAACAGAAAGUACUGUUGAUGUAAAAGUAUACUCCCUGAACACCAUCAUUUCUGCAACUGAAAAUUUCUCCAGUGCUAACAAAGUUGGAGAAGGUGGUUUUGGCUCCGUGUACAAGGGUAAACUGCAUAAUGGGCAAGAUAUCGCGGUGAAAAGGUUGUCAAACACGUCAGGGCAAGGAACAGAGGAAUUUAGAAAUGAAGUAACGUUGAUAGCAAGGCUUCAACACAAGAAUCUUGUCAGACUCUUUGGUUACUGCAUGCGGAAAGAAGAGAAAAUGUUGAUAUACGAGUACUUGCCAAACAAGGGCUUAGAUGGCUUUCUUUUUGAUGAUGAGAAAAGAUACAUGCUAGACUGGAAAAGACGAUUUGAUAUUACAGUGGGCAUAGCUCGGGGCAUGGUAUAUCUUCAUCAUGAUUCGAGAUUGAAAAUCAUUCACAGAGAUUUAAAAGCAAGUAAUGUUUUACUAGAUGCCGACUUAAAUCCAAAAAUAUCAGAUUUUGGUAUGGCUAGGAUAUUUGGGAGCGACCAAAAUGAAGAAACAACAAGAAGAGUAGUUGGAACAUACGGUUAUAUGUCACCAGAGUAUGCAAUGGAAGGCCUAUUCUCAACAAAGUCUGAUGUUUUUAGCUUUGGGAUUCUACUCUUGGAGAUCAUUAUGGGAAGAAAGAACACCAGUUACUAUGCUGAAAACUGUGUCAAUCUAAUUGGACAUGUUUGGGGUCUUUGGAGGGAGUCAAGAGCCAUGGAAAUAGUAGACCGCGAGUGGCUUGGUGAAUCACAUGAACAUGAUUCCCAGAUUUUUAGAUGCAUCCAUAUCGGGCUAUUAUGCGUUCAAGAAUCUGCGGCUGCAAGACCAAGCAUGUCGGAAGUCGUGUUUAUGUUAUGCAAUGAAAUAAGUCUUCCACCUCCAGACCAGGCUGCAUUCAUUUUCAGAACAUCAGAUAAAGUUCUUACAAACACAAGUUCUAGCAGUGUUGGAGUUGUUUCUGUUAACAACGUCACGAUUAGUACAGUUGAAGGUCGCUAGAUCUCUAUGUAUUAAAGUGAUACGUUUUUGCACUCACGAAUUCUGAUUUUGGGAAUUGACUCCUACGAGUACUGGUAGCAGCUACUAGCUAAUGUUGUAGUAGUGAAAUUCGAUAUCAUUUUCAAGAUAGACUGAAAAGCAAUAUGUGUAUUUGAAGUACGCGGUUUGUAAUUUUUUGUGUACCUCGUACGUCAAUCAAAUAGAUUGUGUAUUUAUCAUCA